CGGACAGUCGCCAUUCCAAGGGGUCACAUGUGAUAUCCGGGAACAGUCAAUAACUUCGACACGUAACCACUCAUAAACAAAUAACAUUCUCGAUGCCGGCCGAAACAGCAUGCCCAAUAUCUGGCGUCGACCGGGCCCUUUCGUCAUACAUCAACUCCCGUGAUGACACACUAAGGAUUAGACGUACACUCUCGCGCUAUCUCACUUCCAGCCUCCGGCCAGUGAGCCAUGCAACCCAAACCCAGCACGUAAAUCACGAAUGCCCUCAAAGCGUUUCAGCUACCAGCACAAAUCCACCCGGCCUGAAGGAUUCACGCAUAGCUUAUCUGCAUGCCCUACGGGCGAAGACUCAAGCCGAAACCAAGCAUCGCGAGCUCCAAGCAUCACUGGAAGAUCUCCGGAACCGCCAUAUCGACGAGAAUCCUACACUGCCGCAGCCAGAUCAUGACGACGAAUCCACACGAGGCUACAUCAACUUGCUUCGACAGCGCCGAAAGCUUGCAGAGCUGAAUGUGGUUCAGGAUUCCUUAGAGAAAUUACUAAGUGCAAAGCCACCCAACCAACAUCAUGACCCAAGGGACCACGUGCAAGAGGUUAUCGGAGAGCAACCGGACCUUCCAGCGGAGAGGCUGGAACAGAUUGCUCAGCCUGAGGACAACCAAAACUCGAUAUUCAAGCUCAAGCAAGAAGUAUUGGAAGCAAGGAGCCGUAUGGAUCGAGCAAACAUCGCUAGGAAGCAAGCCAACAGUGUAGUCCGAGAUCAGCCUGGACUCCAAGACCAAGUGCGCGCCCUUGAAAGAGCACGGAAUGAGAUUGUCGAAUGGAUACAAGGCGAGUUGGCCAAGAUGGAGGAAGACUCAGUGUUUCUCGAGGAUGCCUCACCCAUCAAACGUUCAGUACAGGCAGAUACUGCUGUUGACCUUGAGUCUGCGGAAGCACGCAUUCGCGCUUCUUAUGAUCAGUAUACCUCAGCUCGAGUUGGGCUGAUAAGGUCUUAUGGUAGCCUGAACGAGCCACUGCACGAGAACAGCAAAACAGAGUCUGAUGAUACCACGAAAGAUUUAUCUGAGAGUCGCAAAGACACAAAGCUUGUAAAGCCUAUCACGAAGCUGCUACCUCAUCUUCCUCUGCUUGCUCGUUCCGCCCAGAAUGAGCGCUCGCUGCUGCAACAAGCUGUGUACCUCCAAAGUCAGCUUGCUGCUUCGGAUCAGGAGCUUGAAGAAGCGCUACUGCGGUUGUCGGGCGAAAGUCAUCUACUCCCGGCUGGAUCGAAGAAUGCUAGCGUGUGGGGCAAGGUCGCAACGGAAGUCGAAUCCGCAACGGAGACGUUUGUGAAGGAACAUCUGCAAGAAAGUCGCAAGGAAGUCAGUAGCAUCAGCGCCAUCGUUGAUCUCUGCUCACUGCAAAGCAAGGUGCUGGCUUCUGUGUAGAAACGACCUCAAUCACCUUAAGAUAUAACGUUCAGGUUAUAUUCAAAGUCUGUCAUUUCUCUAGAGUGCUAGGACCCACAAGCAGAAAUUCGCAGAGUACGCACUUGUGGAAGAGUCGUAAACGCAUGGUGUGAG